CAAACUACUAAUGUGACAUGUUAAAAACUCAAGGCGAAGUACACGUCGUGCUUCUCCACAGGUGACAGAACCAGACUUAUAAAUAAGAACAUAGCGAGAGAGAGGACCGAGCUGGGCUGACAAAAAUGGCUGAUGAAGAAAACCCUAAAUCUUUAGAUUCUAAAGUUCGUGGCGAAUCCAGCAAAUCGGGUUCAUCAUACUCGAAAGGGGCAAAAACUUAUCACUAUAAGAAUCCACCUGAUGCAACAAUUCCAGAUUCUGCAACAUUAAGAGAUCAGUGGAGAUUUGCUGUUCGACAAUAUAGUAAAUGGUAUUCACAUGCUUGGGGUACUGCAGUUCUUGCUGGUGCUUCCUUUUUUGCUCUUGGAUGGUUUAUUAAGGGCUCAAAUCCUCUUCCUUCUAGACAUAAAGAAGAUGAAGGUCCUUCGCGUCAACCAAAUCAGGAUUCAUAGUGUAUGAAUCUUGAUUAAUUGGAUCCU